AUGACGCUCGCAGAAGAGUUCAAGUCGCGGAAUUUCAGUAAGACUCGCGCUUCACAAGUUGUGACACCUUUUGCUGACAUGGCAUCUUUCCAGGUAUCUACGGUCAAUGGUUUGACCGGAGUGCUUUGCAUAUUCCUCUGCUUCGCCCUCGGCAUCGCCAACAUCUUCCACGCCAACUUUGUCAUCGCAUUCAGCAUUGUUUGCUUAGUAUGUUCCUUCAUCAUCAUCUUCAUCGAAAUUCCGCUGCUCCUGCGCAUCUGCCCGACGUCCCCAAAGUUCGAUGAAUUUAUCCGCAAAUUCAGCUCAAACUACAUGCGCGCUGCCAUUUACGGUGUCAUGAGCGUCAUACAAUGGAUCAGCAUCUGGCCUCAGGCCACGAGCCUCAUCGUUGCAGCCAUCUUCCUGCUACUCGCCGCCGUCUUCUAUGCGCUUGCUGGCUUCAAGGGCCAACAGUUCCAGGGCAGUAAGACGCUUGGAGGUCAGGGUGUUGCGCAGAUGAUCAUAUAAGGGCAGAGAUAUGCAGGAUGGGAACAUCACGACAUUUGGACGACGAAGGAAUUGACGUUGGCAUGGAAUGCCAGUAAACGAACAGUUUCGUAAUGGCUCCGUGAGCUGCGAGAUGGACUACACCACCACUAUUGUUUGCCUGCUCAUCUAUAUGAUACCUCAGGUUGAGUUUCUUGUAUCAUAAGUCAGCGGCUGGGCGUUUCGGGGGCUAUGUUUUGUAUGAGAAUUGCUUGGAUCCGCGAGCGCUUAGUCGGCCGUUUUCUUAACAAUCGAGUAUUUGUACUAAGCU